AUAUAGGAUGCGACCUGGUGACCAACAUCGACGAGAACCGAGCUCCCAGCCGCCUGUCGACGGUGUCUGACGAUUCAUCAGUGCGCCGAAGGGGGUCAUCACCUCCUGCCGUGCCGCCUCUCCCCCGCCCGUCGCUCCUGGGCCGCCGAGGCAGGACCCUCCAGGGGCAUCCCUUCGAAGUGAACGCCAUAGAACCUGCUCCCUCCGUUGGCUCCCCCCACGCAAGCGCCCCCGGUGUCGCGGGCGGGGUACCUGCUAGGAAUGUCACGGGUGAUAAAUCGCCCCAUUAUGGAUAUCCAUUGUAAUGCUGGGUAUUCGUAAUACACCAGAUGUACGUGCGUAGCUCUGCCCCCCCGAAAGAGACCAAUUCUGUUGUGGGAUAAGUGACAUUGGUCAUCCGUAAUUCCUGGUUUUAUUUGUAUGCAGUGGAAUCCACCUCCCAACACCACCCUGAGGUGCUUAUGUUUAUGUGUAGUAAACUGUAUGUAAUCAUUUAACCCAACUCGUUAUACUGAAGCACAAAUGAACCCCAUUUCAAUGUUUGUGUAAAUGGAAGUCGUUAGAUUUUCUAUAUAUAGGUAGACCAAUCUCUGCAUGUUUAUUUUCAGUGUCAAAUAAAAUUCCCUUAGGAAUUCAAGUGAUCAGGGAUGGCGGACUUUCAAAAGCCAUAAUAGAUGAAUAAUUAUUCAGUGUGUGUCGAGGUGCACGGUUACUGCUAACACACACUUUGAUUAUGUCAAUCAUUAUGAUGUUGCAUUUCCUCUGGACUAGUCAUGUUGAUACAGAGUAGAAAAAGUGCCUAUGCAAGAGAUGUUGAUGAAAUCCAGGAGAUACCAUGUAAGUAAAAUUAUUGCUAUUGCUAUUGUGUCUGUAGCAACUGGCCAUUAGUAAAGGGAAAUCGGGGAGUGUGAAAUACAUGGACUUUCCUAAAAUUAAACUAGGUAGCUUUAGAGUGUUUUAAUGAAUCAGUGAGUAGUAAUGAGUAGCUUAUUUGUAAAAUAAGAUUUAGUACUAUUUGAUGUGCUCCAUCUUUUCAUUCUAUGAUAAAGACAUAAAUUAAUCUAAUUGGCAUAUUGAUUAUAGUAAACUGUUGUCACAAAAGAAUAUUUUUGUAAAAAAAGUACUUCUGUAAAUAAAGUUGUUGUCCCA